AUGCCGCGGGAUGCCGGAGCAGUGCGCCGCGCGGAGGGCGUGAGGAGCGGCGGAGACGCAUACCUGGAAGAAGCUUGGCGCGGCCGUCGCAGUUCCCCCUGCGCCUCAGCUGCUGACACGGAGCGCUGCACGAGCCUGAGCCUCGCAUGCCGAUUGGAGGUCGGCGAGGGGCGGCUGGAGCUCACGACCCAAAGAAUAGGAAGAAGACCGACGUGGAAACAAAAAGACGAGGUACCAAAGGACUCUAAAGACGCUAAAGAAAGAGACGAGGUACCAAAGGACUCUAAAGACGCUAAAGAAAGAGACGAGGUACCAAAGGACUCUAAAGACACUAAAGAAAGAGACAAGGUACCAAAGGACUCUAAAGACACUAAAGAAAGAGACGAGGUACCAAAGGACUCUAAAGACGCUAAAGAAAGAGACGAGGUACCAAAGGACUCUAAAGACACUAAAGAAAGAGACGAGGUACCAAAGGACUCUAAAGACGCUAAAGAAAGAGACGAGAAAGACGAGGUACCAAAGGACUCUAAAGACACUAAAGAAAGAGAUGAGAUACCAAAGGACUCUAAAGACACUAAAGAAAGAGACGAGAUACCAAAGGACUCUAAAGACACUAAAGAAAGAGACGAGGUACCAAAGGACUCUAAAGACACUAAAGAAAGAGACGAGAUACCAAAGGACUCUAAAGACACUAAAGAAAGAGACGAGAUACCAAAGGACUCUAAAGACACUAAAGAAAGAGACGAGGUACCAAAGGACUCUAAAGACACUAAAGAAAGAGACGAGGUACCAAAGGACUCUAAAGACACUAAAGAAAGAGACGAGAUACCAAAGGACUCUAAAGACACUAAAGAAAGAGACGAGAUACCAAAGGACUCUAAAGACACUAAAGAAAGAGACGAGGUACCAAAGGACUCUAAAGACACUAAAGAAAGAGACGAGAUACCAAAGGACUCUAAAGACACUAAAGAAAGAGACGAGGUACCAAAGGACUCUAAAGACACUAAAGAAAGAGACGAGAUACCAAAGGACUCUAAAGACACUAAAGAAAGAGACGAGGUACCAAAGGACUCUAAAGACACUAAAGAAAGAGACGAGAUACCAAAGGACUCUAAAGACACUAAAGAAAGAGACGAGAUACCAAAGGACUCUAAAGACGCUAAAGAAAGAGACGAGAUACCAAAGGACUCUAAAGACGCUAAAGAAAGAGACGAGAUACCAAAGGACUCUAAAGACACUAAAGAAAGAGACGAGGUACCAAAGGACUCUAAAGACACUAAAGAAAGAGACGAGGUACCAAAGGACUCUAAAGACACUAAAGAAAGAGACGAGAUACCAAAGGACUCUAAAGACACUAAAGAAAGAGACGAGAUACCAAAGGACUCUAAAGACACUAAAGAAAGAGACGAGAUACCAAAGGACUCUGAAGACACUAAAGAAAGAGACGAGAUACCAAAGGACUCUAAAGACGCUAAAGAAAGAGACGAGAUACCAAAGGACUCUAAAGACGCUAAAGAAAGAGACGAGAUACCAAAGGACUCUAAAGACGCUAAAGAAAGAGACGAGAUACCAAAGGACUCUAAAGACGCUAAAGAAAGAGACGAGAUACCAAAGGACUCUAAAGACGCUAAAGAAAGAGACGAGGUACCAAAGGACUCUAAAGACGCUAAAGAAAGAGACUCGCGGGCCUAA